CUGGGGGCGGCCUGGUCACCAUGGCGGGCCUGGACCCCGGCCUGACCGUCCCCGUGUGGCUGGCCGAGGACGACCUGGGCUGCAUCAUCUGUCAAGGGCUGCUCUCCUGGCCCGCCACGCUGCCCUGCGGCCACAACUUCUGCCGCGACUGCCUGAGGGGCGUGUGGGCCGCCGGCAGCCCCGGCCGCCCGCGCUCCUGCCCCACCUGCCGCGAGCGGGCCGCGCAGCCACCGCAGCUGCGGAAGAACACGCUGCUGCAGGAGCUGGCGGACAAGUACAGCCGGGCGCUGCGCGAGCUGAGGGGGGCCUCCGGCGCCGCUCCCGCCGGGGAAGCCGCCGCCCGCCCCGCGCCCGCGCCCGCGCCCGCGCGCCCGCGCCGCGCGGCCCCGCUGCCGGCGGCGGCACAGAAGAGCAUCGCAGAAGUUGGGCAGGAGCUGGAAGGGUUGGUGGAACGGCUUGUGGACAUUGUCGGGAGCCUUCAGAGUCGGACACACCUCCCAGAAUCCGGAGCAGACGAUGAAGGGAGCCCCCCAGGCUUGUCUUUUUCCAGUGGGGUGGACCUUUCUUUGGCUUCUUCAGAGCCUGUGACUCCCCACACACCUGAGCGAAAAAUGAGAGACAUUCUGCAUGACUUAGAAGAAAUCCGGGAAAAAUUACGGGCAAACUUGAUGUGGAAAGACACCCUUGAAGAACCAGUGCAGGUGGAACUCCAGGAAGCUCCAUCUUCCUCUUCACACCCACUGCCUGACUGCAGCCACCGUGCCCCCACGAGGGCCUCCCGGUUUGCUCAUUGGGCCAUCAGUCCGACCUUUGACCUUCGGAGCCACUCCUGUAGUCUGGAGGUGUCUGAGGACCGCCGGGUGGUGACUGUAUCUCGCUGCCCGCAGACCCAUCUCUGGAGUCAUGAGAGGUUUGUGACCUGCCAGGUCUUAUGUUCCCAGGCCUUUUCUUCAGGGCAGCAGUACUGGGAAGUGGACACUGAGCACUGCAGCCACUGGGCAGUUGGGGUGGCUUCCUGGGGAAUGAGGCGCAACCAGACCCUGGGAAGGACCGGAGACUCCUGGUGUGUAGAGUGGAAGGGGACUCGCCAGCUCUCUGCCUGGCACAUGGUCAAGGAAACCGUCCUCGGCUCUGACAGACCGAAGGUGGUGGGCAUCUGGCUGGACCUGGAGGGGGGCACACUUGCCUUCUAUUCGGUGGCUAAUGAGGAGUCGCUUCUGUAUGAGUGCCCCGUCUCUUCCUCCUCUCCUCUGCACCCUGCCUUCUGGCUCUAUGGCUUAACUCCUGGAAACUCUCUGACUAUAAGGCCAGCGCAGGUGUAAAGGGCCCCUGGGUCUUGGCACAUGGUGGUUUCCCGGCUUCUCCCUCGGCCUUCAAGCAGGUGGCUGCUUCACAAGGAUCCCACUUCUGGAGUUAGUGGGUGAGCAGGAAAGGGCUCACUGCAGGCUUGGGAUGAUCAAGCUGCAUGUUCUCAAGAGAGCAGGGGCUAUCGACUGGCUCCCAGGAGGUCACCCCUAAGUCCUGGGGAAAUCCUGCCUGAUCAGAGUGUCUGUUUACCUGAGGGCCUCGGGCCAGGAGCUAUCACCUUGACCUGGGCAGGAGGGGUGGGGGAGGGGCUGGAGACUAAGGCCUGCCUGGGUGCCUGACCCCUAGUAAAAGCCCUGGGCACCAAGGUGCCCUGGUUGGCAGUGCUCCUUGUACAUUGCCACACAUUGUCGCUAGAACUCACCUUGUCCUGUGACUCCAUGUGAUGAGGACAGUGGGUGUCCCUUGGCUCCUGCCCCGUGUGCUGUGCCUUUUGCUACUGCUGAUUUUAAUCUGUAUCCUGUCACUGUAAUAAACUGUAACCAAGACUACAA